UCUCUCUCUCAAUCAAUACGCGUUUUUUUAUUUUUAACUUCCUUUGAUUCAAUUUCAAAGGCAGCCAUAGCCAUUGAUGUUAUAGUUAUUAGCAGAUUUUUACGUGUACGACCUUUUGCAUGGUUUUUUGUUUUUGAUUUUACGUACUUUUUUGUUUUUGGGUUAUCUAUAAUUAUAAUAGAGCUUUGUAAUGGAAAAAAAAUUAUAGAAACAAAAACAAGAAAAAUUUAAGAAGAAGACCAUUACCAGAGAGGUAAGAGAUGUCGGGUUUGAAUGACAUUCUUCCUCCUGUAAAUCCUAACUCGCCGCCUCCUUCCGAUACUUCUUCUUCAUCACCUCCGCCGGAAUCCUCCACGUCAUCACCGCCGGCCACCACAACCGAAGACACCCAAAGUCCUCCACUUCCAUCACCCACUACUCCCUCUGAAGCCUCUCCCCCUCCACCUGAAGUAGUUUCGUCACCACCGCCGUCGUCUAUUUCUGAUUCUCCGCCACCUUCGCCGCCGCCGUCUGCACCCUCACCUCCAUCGGAUUCGGGUUCGAGCUCUCCUCCGCCUUCUGACCCGCCACCUUCAAGCACAACCCCAUCACCACCUUCGCCGGCGUUGACGCCUGUUGUAAAUCCGCCUCCAUCGAAUCCGACUGUCUCACCUUCUCCGCCUCCUCCUCAAAACCACUCAAAAAACCCACCACCAUCGCCAAUCUCGGAAACCCCACCUUCUCCUCCGUCACCGUCGAGGGAUUCGUCUACUCCUCCUGGUUCCGAGCAGAAAUCUCCGCCACCUCCGGAGGUGUCUGGAUCCCCUCCUACCUCUACCCCUGUUUCACCACCCGUCGACACCACAGUCCCGACCCCAAGUUCACCAAAUAAUGUAUUCACCCCACCAACGGUUCCCAGCUCAAAUGCUCCACCAACUCCCACUUUGUCGAAUAAUGAUCAUAACAAUGGUGGACAAAGUCCCACAUCUGGUUCAAAAACAGGGUCUUCUUCUUCUUCUUCGUCUGCCUCGUCUUCUGGAACCUCAAAAUCAUCAUCACAAUCAAAUGGAAAUCAUGGAACUGUUGUGGGGGUAGCCGUAGCUGGAGUCGUCCUCGUUACCUUAAUAGCCCUCCUCUUCCUCAGCUCAAGGAGAAAAAGAAGACGAAAAGAUCAGCUUUAUGCUUCCCAACAUUACAUGCCCGCAGGUCCUCUUUCUGUAAAAUCAGAAGGAUAUUAUGGGGGUCAAGUACAACAACAACAACAACAACAACAACACAGUAAUUUCGUCAACAACCACUCUGGGCCAGCGGACAGCUUCUAUGGCUCACAAGGCCCCAAUUCAUACAUUUCCAAUAGCCAUGGGAGUCAGAGAGGCAAUGCAGCAAGCCAUGGUGGGGGUUUGGAGAUAGGUGGUCCUAAUCCAUAUUUCAGCUACGAAGAUUUGAUGGAGAUAACAAAUUCAUUUUCGCGUCAAAAUGUGCUUGGUGAAGGUGGGUUUGGGUGUGUUUACAAGGGCUGGUUGCCUGAUGGGAGAAUAGUGGCUGUGAAGGAGCUCAAGGCUGGUAGUGGACAAGGGGAAAGGGAGUUCAAGGCCGAAGUUGAGAUCAUCAGCAGAGUUCACCAUCGUCAUUUGGUGUCUUUAGUGGGAUACUGCAUAGAUGAGGAUCACAGAUUGCUCGUCUAUGAAUUUGUUCCUAAUCAAACUCUAGAGCAUCAUUUGCAUGCUCCUGGACUGCCGGUAUUGGAUUGGGCCAAAAGACUGAGGGUUGCUUUGGGGGCUGCGAAGGGUUUGGCAUAUUUACAUGAAGAUUGCCAUCCAAAAAUUAUCCAUAGAGAUAUAAAGUCUGCUAACAUCUUAAUUGAUGAUGCUUUUGAGGCACAGGUUGCUGACUUUGGCCUAGCCAAGCCAUCAAACGACACUCACACCCAUGUAUCCACACGAGUUAUGGGGACAUUUGGGUACAUGGCACCAGAGUAUGCAUCAAGUGGAAAAUUAACAGAUAAGUCAGAUGUGUUCUCAUUUGGAGUGGUGCUUUUAGAGCUUAUAACUGGGCGUAAACCUGUUGACCCUACUCAACCCCUCGGGGAUGAGAGUUUGGUGGAAUGGGCUCGUCCACUGCUCAUCGAAGCCCUUCAAACUGGUGACUUGAGUGAAUUAGUGGAUCCACGGCUUGAAAAUCACUAUGUUGAGAGCGAAAUGAUCAGAAUGGUAGAGGCAGCCGCUGCCUGUGUUCGCCAUUCUGCCCCAAAACGACCUCGUAUGGCACAGGUGGCGAGAGCAUUGGACUGCGAAGGAGAAAUGUCUGAUCUGUCCAAUGGAGUAAAGUAUGGACAGAGCACUAUAUACGAGUCUGGGCAAUACAACCAAGACAUUAUGAGGUUUAGAAAAAUGGCACUAGGCGGAGACAGUUCGGAAUAUGACACAUACAGUGGAGAGUUCAACUCUAAAGAGGUUUCUGGUCAACAAAAGUCAACAUGGAGAGAUGGUUGUUCCAGUGGAGAGUCUGAAACUCGAGCCUUUACAAUACGUAAUAAUAAUAUCAAUAAUGGUGGUGAACAAAGAUACGGCGGCCCACAAUCCAACUUUGGCAACCGUCAGUUCUAAAUAGUUUUUGAAAUAUACCACAUUAUUUUUCAUGGUUUGAUUUAUAUCCUUUAUCACUUUUUUUGGGUACUCUUUUCACGUUUGGUUGCCCAUAAAAUAUUAUACAUGCUUGAUGUAUAUUUGUGAGAAAGUAUUGCCACAUAUGGACUAAUUUGACCUAUUAAUUGUAAAGUUUUUGUUUUGUUUUUUUUUGAUGUCCAUCAAUUCUUUCCAUUUUUCUAUUCUGUCAUCUUGUUAUUUUCCUAGUUCUUUUGAAUUAAUUACCGGGAGUCUAACUGUUAGAGAAGCUUGUAAAUGCGAAUGCUCAACAAGAUAAGCCAGUCUUAUAUAUAUUGUUGACUUUGUA